AUGCAGGCCAUAUACUCCUAUGAGAGGAGGACUCUCCAAUGUAUGGUUUGACAGAUUUAAAAUAUCCAAUGACUGCCCAGAACACCUCGACUCAAUUGAUACAAUGUGUCAGGUCCUUACCGAGUUGAUUGAUGAUGAAGUAAAGAGUGGCAUCAAGAAGAGCAGGAUAUUAAUAGGAGGAUUUUCUAUGGGAGGAUGCAUGGCAAUGCAUUUAGCAUAUAGAAACCACCAAGAUGUGGCAGGAGUAUUUGCUCUUUCUAGUUUUCUAAAUAAAGCAUCUGCUGUUUACCAGGUACUUCAGAAAAGUGAUGGUGUACUCCCUGAAUUAUUUCAGUGUCACGGUACUGCAGAUGAGUUAGUUCUUCAUUCUUGGGGAGAAGAGACAAACUCAAUGAUAAAAUCUCUAGGUGUGAGUGCCAAGUUUCUCAGUUUUCCAGAUGUUUACCAUGAGCUAAGCAAAACGGAGCUAGAAAAACUGAAGUCAUGGAUUCUUACAAAACUACCCGGAGACACGGAAAGCCAAAGGGAAUGAGUCAAGACUGAUUGACUAAUAUGCAUACAGUAUCUUUGUGAAGACUGAUUUUUACUGCCAAGUUGUAAUAAAUAAUUAAAAUAUUAAGUAAUAA